AACCCGGACAAAACCAGCCAAACGUUACAAAUCAUCCAGGCCUGUUUUCUCGCGCUCGCAACAUGGAACGUCAUCGAGAUGAUACCCUCCGUGCUGUUUACCUUCAAGCGCCGUGGCGGCCUCUACUUCUGGAGUAUCGUCACCUCCAACUUGGGUAUAGGCCUCUCGUCCAUCGUCUUCUUCAUCAAUAACUUCCGGCUCUCGCCUAACAUCUUGGUGCCGUCCGUGUUCGGAAUCAUUGGUUGGAUAAUGAUGGUUACGUCACAGUCACUCGUGUUGUACUCGAGGUUACAUAUGCUAUACUUCGACAUGCGGACACUUCGCUGCGUUCUGGUAAUGAUCAUUUGGAACGCUAUAACACUGCACUCUAUCGCCGCCGUUCUGACCAUCGGCGCCAACUCACACGCGGCGGAAAAGUUCCUCUUCGCAUAUAGCGUCUUCGAAAAGAUUCAAGUCACCUUGUUCUUUAUCCAGGAAUCCAUAAUCUCGGGGCUGUAUCUAUGGAAGUCCUUUAGCUUCCUCGGCUUCCAGGAAUACCACGAGAGAACGGCAGCCGAAGUCAAGGGGAUUCUACAGUACCUGAUAUUUGUCAAUAUCGUGGUUAUUCUGCUGGAUAUCAGUGUCCUAGUCCUCGAAUUCCUUGGGCUGUACCUUGUUCAGGUUACCUGCAAAGUCUUCGCCUACAGUGUAAAGCUCAAGUUGGAGGUUAGCAUUCUGAAUCGCUUGGUCGAUUUUGUCAACCGAACGAGA